AGAGGGACGCGCGCCGAGGGCGGCAUGGCCGGCGAUGCGAGCUGGCGGCCUCCGCGGCCGUGCGAGGACUACUGGUGGGAGUGGAAGCACUGCCGCGGGCUGCGGCACGCCUUCCACCACUACUACGCGCACGGAGAGCUGCCCGACUGCAGCCGCUGGCGGGACGACUACGCCGCUUGCCGCGCCUGGGAGAAGGACCGCACCGCCGCCGCGCGGGAGGCGCUGUGCGAGAGCGAACGAGCGCGGGCCCUGGAGCGGAAGAAGCACGGCGCGGUGUGGGCGCUGCGGAGCUGCCCGCCGCCCGACUGGCACCGCCCGCUGGAGCGCGGCGCUGCCAAAUAGCGGCACUGCCGGGUAGCGGCGCCGAUCGCGGGGCUCUGCCGUCACGUGGCUGCGGCUCCGCCCCGCUGCCCGCCCGUACUUCACUUCCGGUCGGAAAACUUCAUCAAUAAAGCCGCUGUGCUCCCCAGUCAGGCCCUCCGUUUGAAUCGGGCCGCGCGCGGACCUCCGGCGUUCGGCUCUCACCGCAGCAGCUCCGGAGGCCGCACAGCCGCGGCGGGGAGACAGAACCGCGCCGGGACCGCUCCCCGCCGGCGCGGGGUGAGCCGAACGCGAUCGAAAAGCACUGCCUGGUUCGGCCCUGCCGCGUGCGAGCGCUGCCCCGGGGUGGGAUGGCGCUGCGGACUGAAACAGCCAGUGCUGGAGAGCAGCAGUGUGCGUUCCUUCUAAAGGCGUCUAGGGCUGUACUGAAAGUUACUACGAAAAUAAAGGUCUAAAUGACUGAAGUGA